AUGGAACCUUUGCGAAAAGGAGAACAUGAAGGAUUUCGGGAUUUUGUAAAUGCUCUCGAUAGUAGAUAUGAAAUUCCUGAUACAACAAUAUUGAAAAAGAAAUUACUGCCGGAAUAUUAUGAAAACGUGAAACAGAAGCUCGUCACAGCAUUAUCGAAAGCAGAACAUGUUAGUGUGACUACUGACUUAUGGACAUCAAUUGCAAAUGAAGGCAUCCUUUCAGUUACUUGUCAUUUCUUUCACAACGAAAAAUUAAUUGCACCAUUAUUGGAAGUUGUGAAGAUGGAAGGAAGUCAUAACGCAGAAAAUAUAGCCAGUAUGUUGGAUGCUACUCUCUCAAAAUGGGAUAUCAGGUCAAAAUGUGAAGCAAUAACGACUGAUAACGCUCAAACAAUGAUUAACGCCGCAGCCAAACUGCAUAUACGACAUAUACCCUGCUUUGCGCACACACUAAACCUGACGAUGAGUACUCUAGCUAGCGAUAAAUUACGGGCUAUUCAACGUGAAUUAAAUAAACCAGAACUGAAAGUGAUCCAGGAAGUACCCACCCGCUAG